GAACAAACCAAACAGACGGAAGGUAAAGUUACAAUCAAAGCGGAGGAAUUCUCGUCAAACCGAAAGCUGAGCGACUCCAGCGGGCUUCACAGCGAACAGAACCGGAAUACGUCACGGAGAGCACGGAGCCUCAUUCACACGGCGGGACAUCCUGGAAAAGACGGAGAAAUCUCAGGAGGAUGUUCAGUUCCGAGGACUGGAGCUGAAAGUCGUUCCAGCAAGAUGUGAGGCGCCCCGGCAGAGAGCGGAGACCGAGGCCGGCGGCAGGAUGUUGGUCCGGAGCUCGUUGAAGCGGACCCGGGCCAGGGUGACCCAUGCGGUGGUGGUGAUCUUCCUGGAGUUCUUCGCCUGGGGCCUGCUGACCACGCCCAUGCUGAAGGUUCUCCAUGAGACGUUCCCUCAGCACACCUUCCUGAUGAACGGCCUGGUGCACGGCGUCAAGGGCUUCCUGUCCUUCCUGUCGGCUCCUCUGAUUGGUGCUCUGUCAGACACCUGGGGCAGGAAGUCCUUCCUCCUCAUCACCGUCUUCUUCACCUGCGCCCCGAUCCCCUUCAUGAGGAUCAGCCCCUGGUGGUACUUUGCUCUGAUCUCCGUGUCGGGGACGUUCGCCGUGACGUUCUCCGUGAUCUUCGCCUACGUCGCCGACGUCACCGAGGAGCACGAGCGGAGCACCGCCUACGGCCUGGUGUCAGCGACCUUCGCCGCCAGCCUGGUGACGAGCCCGGCCAUCGGCGCCUACCUGUCCAGUCGUUAUGGGGACAGCCUGGUGGUGCUGGUCGCCACGGUCAUCGCGGUGACGGACAUCGCCUUCGUGUUCUUCGUGGUUCCCGAGUCGCUGCCGGACAAGAUGAGGCUGUCGUCGUUGGGGUUCCCCAUCUCCUGGGAGCAGGCCGACCCGUUCGCCUCACUGCGACGCGUCGGGAAGGAUUCCACGGUUCUGCUGAUCUGUGUCACCGUCUUCCUGUCCUACCUGCCUGAAGCCGGACAGUACUCCAGCUUCUUCCUCUACCUGAAGCAGGUGAUACAUUUCUCCCCUGAAGCCAUUGCUGCCUUCAUCGCCAUGGUGGGAAUCCUCUCUAUCGUUGCUCAGACCCUUCUGCUCAGCGUUCUGAUGCGAACCAUCGGGAAGAAGAACACGGUUCUGUUGGGUCUGGGCUUCCAGCUGCUGCAGCUGGGCUGGUACGCCUUCGGGUCCGAGCCAUGGAUGAUGUGGGCAGCAGGAACCGUCGCCGCCUUGUCCUCCAUCACUUUCCCAGCAGUCUCUGCUCUCGUGUCGCACAACGCCUCCGCCGACCAGCAGGGUGUGGUCCAGGGGAUGAUCACGGGGAUCCGGGGUCUCUGUAACGGUUUGGGUCCGGCUCUCUAUGGAUUCAUCUUCUUCCUGUUCAACGUGGAGCUGAGCGACGUUCCGGCAGCCGCAGGAACGCCGGACACGCAGCGUGCCGUCAUCCCGGGCCCUCCCUUCCUGUUCGGGGCGUGCGCGGUCGUCGUCGCCAUGAUUGUCGCGGUUUUCAUCCCGGAGAACCUUCGCCCCGCCGGCGGUCCGGCCGCCGCCGCCAAACCCGCACACGCUCAGAACGGCGGCGCGGCGCUGGCCACGCCCACCAGCGACACUGAGGACAUCGAGCCGCUCCUGCAGGACAGCAGCAUGUGAGCGGGCGGCGGCCAAUCACAGAUGGCGUUCAUAAGCUCCUCUCUCCUGAUUGGCUGAGACCAAAGGGCUGGGGGGGAACAGCGCCCCCUCUGGACUCCACCAGCAGGUGAACUGACUCACCUGUUGGAGUUUCUCUGCUUCCUGAUGCACCUGCUGGCUCCGCCCCCACUCCGUUACCACAGAAACGUCCAGGGGAAUCUGUGUCAUGGCAACGGGUUCUGGACUCGGGUCAAACCUCAGAACCUCGCCUGGUUCUGGAGGUUCUGUUUGACCUUUGACCUGUCAGAACCGGAGCCUAGUCCGGCUGGGAUCCGUGGAACAGUUUCACCAAACAUCUGGACUGUUUUCUGGAGUCCGGUUCCUGGUUCCUCCUGCAGCGUCACAGCGACUCCAGUCUAUCAGAACCGGGCGGCCGGUCCGGUGCGUCUGGCUGACCCGGUACCUCCAGAACCAGGCAGCUGUUGUCCAGAUGUCUCUGCUGCGCUUUAGUGCCUCUAACCGACCCGGUUUCUACCAACCGGGUUUUUUCAGAACUUUGUGACGAUAUUAAUAAAGAUGUUUGAACCGA